CUCAGCUCAGUUCCCUUUGUGAGCUCGGUCGGAGUCGUUCAAAGCUUCAUCGACACGUGAUUUUCCUAACAACUUUUAUCAGUACGCACUAUAUUUAAUAAUAUAUAUAUACCUAUGUGAGUGUCUUGUGCUCUCCAGUGCAUUAAUUGUGCAUCCGAAAGACGAAGUGCAAUCCAGAGAAUAUGCAACUUAAAUCGAUUUUAUCAAAUCUAUUGAUUCUCUGCGUGGUCUCAUUGAGGCUCAGAACAAUAUUAGCGAAAUGUGACACCUCCCAGUUUGAGUGUGACAACGGAAACUGCAUAUCGCAAUAUGAUGUCUGCAAUGGCGAGAAGAAUUGCCCAGAUGGUUCCGAUGAGACGGCCCUGACCUGCGUCUCCCAGCGGCAGCAUUGCACCAAGCCCUAUUUCCAGUGCACCUAUGGGGCAUGUGUGAUUGGAACAGCGGGCUGCAAUAGGGUCAACGAAUGCGCAGAUGGUUCCGACGAGACGCUGUUGCGAUGUGGCAACGAGGACGAUAUCCGCCAGCAUGCUCGACGUCUGCAGGGCAAUUGUCAGGACAAUGAGUUCAAGUGCCCAUCCGGAAUCUGCCUGGACAAGGGAACCUUCCUGUGCGACGGCAAAGACGACUGUGCAGAUGGCACAGGCUUCGAUGAGUCUGUGGAACUGUGUGGGCAUAUGGAGUGUCCGGCGUACUCCUUCAAGUGCGGAACCGGUGGCUGCAUCUCGGGAUCUUUGUCCUGCAACGGCGAUAAUGAUUGCUUUGAUGGAUCUGAUGAGGCUCCCUUGCUUUGUAACACUACCAAAAAGGUGACCACCCCCAACCCAAUUGAGACGCCUCUGGAGUUGAUAGGAUGCCCACUACCAAUAGGCGACGAACGUCCCAUUUUGACGGGUGAUGGCAACCGUAUCAUUACAGGUCCCAUCCUUCGUGGAACUGUGCGCUUCUCCUGCAAACAGGGCUUUGUGCUGGAGGGCCAGGAGACCAGCUACUGUGCCAAGAAUAAGUGGAGUUCUCCCACGAUCCCGAAAUGCGUGAAAUACUGCAGCACUGCUGGAGAAUUCGAAGGUUACUCCACCAAGGCCUUGUGCACUCACAAUGGUCAAGAAGUGGACUGCCGCAAACCUUUCCAUCCGCCUGGAACAGAAGUGAAAUUCGUCUGCUCUACUGGAUUCAAGUCCUUUAGCAGAUUGCCGGAAAUGAGGUGCAUGAAAGGUGGCUAUUGGAACCGCGGACGCCAGCGAUGUCAACAGGAUUGCGGUCAGAUAGCCACGCCCACCAAGAGUUUCUCAGUUAACGGCUAUACCAUCAACAAUACUGUUGUGCCGUGGCAUGUGGGACUAUACGUCUGGCACAAUGAGAAGGAUUACCACUUCCAGUGUGGGGGAUCGCUGCUCACUCCCGAUCUUGUCAUAACCGCUGCACAUUGCGUAUACGACGAGGGUACCCGUCGGCCCUAUAGCUACGAUACCUUUCGGGUGAUUGCGGCCAAGUUCUAUCGUAAUUAUGGAGAGACAACGCCGGAUGAUAAGCAACGAGAUGUGAGGCUCAUCGAAAUAGCACGAGACUACAAGGGCCGGACGGAUAACUACUACUUCGAUCUUGCUCUGCUGACCCUCGAUGAGCCCUUUGAGCUAAGCCACGUGAUUCGACCCAUUUGUGUGACCUUUGUGAAAUUUGCAGAGAAGGAGAGGGUCACGAAUGAGGUGCUAGGAAUGUUCGCCGGGUGGAGCAUCGAAAACAAACACGAACUCCAAUUUGUGCCAGCCGUGUCCAAGUCAAACUCCGUGUGCCAACAGAAUCUGCCGGAUAUCAAGGCGGACAAGUUCUGCAUCUUCACGCAGGGCAAGUCACUAGCCUGCCAGGGCGACAGUGGCGGUGGAUUUACCUCUACGUUGGAAACCGACGCCUUUCCCGGUCUUAAAACCACCCGCCACUUCCUCUACGGGGUAAUCAGUAAUGCACCGAAUGCUGAUCAGUGCGCCCACAGCCUGACUGUGAUGACCAAUAUUCAGCAUUUCGAGGACAUGAUUGUGAAUGCGAUGAAUAGAAGCGUGGAGACCAGGUCAUGAGUCCAGAAACAUAUUUAGCACCCUUGUGAUUAGAAUAGAUUUAAAUGCAGAGAUUCGGUGGCCAUACUAUUUUGUUCUCCAGCCUAUGCUUACCUAAUAUAAGGAUAAAUAAAUCAUAAAAUAAAGCUAAUCUCUCGAAGAGCAAGCUUCACCUUUUUAAAGCAA